AAAAAUUUCGCGAACUGAACGAGGCCUUAGUCGUGGGCUGCGCUUUAAUGGGCCAUAACUGGGCCCUUUUAAUGGGAACGUAAUAAGCGUAGGAAAUGGGCCAAAUGGCCCGAGUUGAAGGGAGGAGAGAGCAAAGCGAGCAGCAGCACGGAGUCCAAAAUCCACCACGAUGAGCGGCGGCGGACGGAAGGCGGCGACCCCCGGCGGCGAGGAGGCGGAGGUGGAGGCGCUGAUCCGGGCGGCGCAGGACGCGGUGCUGCUGAAGCUCCAGGCGAACUCCCACCUCGUCUCCUCGACCCCCGCCGCGUCGGCCUCCAGCACUCCUCCUUCGCUCGACGCGGCGGCGCUCGAUCCGCUGGACAGCGAUCUCGCCCGGCGCUUCGACGCGCUCAAGUCCCGCGCCGCGGCGCCGAAGCCGACGCCGGCCGGAGCCGGAGCGGGAGCUGCUGUUGGCGGGAUGGAUGAGCUGGAGGCGCGGUUCGCUGCGCUGAAGGGGGCGGCGGCGGGGCCGGAGAAGGAAACGAGGGUGAGGCUGGAGGAUCUGGGAGGGGAGUCGUCGGAGGAUGAGGCGGACGAGGUGGACAAGGUGAUGCGCUGGGCGAUGGACGCCGCGCGGCUUGACGUCGCUGCGGCGGGCACCGCCGGCGGCAAGGCGAAGAAGCGCGCUGACGAUGAGGAGGAAGAGAAGGAUGAGAAGAGCAGCGUGAGUAGCGAGGACGAGGAGGAGGACGAGGAGGAGAGAUUGCGGUUGGAGAUGGCGAGGAAGAAGGAGAUGGCCAAAACCAAAUCCAAGAACAAGUGGUUCUUCUUGUGAUUUUUCCUACUACUCAUCGUCAUUUGUAAACUUCAUAUCUAUUUCAAUUUAAAGAUUUAUCAUAUGCGGUUCCCCCAGCAGACAACUAUCUAAUAUUUCGUCUGAACUGGAUGUGUACACGACACUUCCAAGAAUGCAACAUGCAAAUCAAGGAUCGAGAAAGCAAUAUGCAAAUGAAGGAUAGAAUGCAAUGUACUACAAAUGAAGAAUCGAUGAAAGCCGUGUUUAUUUUCUUUUU